AUGGAUAUGGAAAUUCUUAGUUGGAAUUGCAGAGGAAUCUGUAAUACUACGACUACAAGGGCGUUGAAGGAUCUCAUCGCUCAGAAUCGCCCCCAAAUUAUCUUUCUUUGUGAGACAAAGAUAAGUAAUAUUAAAGACUUUCAAACUCUGAGUCGUGCCCUAGGGUUUCCUCACUCAAAGGAAUUUCUGAGUGAGGGCCAAUCUGGGGGUCUCGGAUUAUUUUGGACUGAUGAGGUUGAUCUCCAUGUUCGUACAUCGUCAGCACAUCAUAUUGAUGCCGAGAUAAGGGGAGCUCCAGGAGAACCAAGGUGGCGUUUAACUGGUUUCUAUGGCUAUUCACGAACUAAUGAUCGGGAUCAUUCAUGGAAGCUACUGAGGGAGUUGAGUGAUCUUGAUUCGCUGCCAUGGGUCAUUAUAGGGAAUUUCAACGAGAUUCUUGACAGUGGAGAAAAGAUCAAUGGGCCGAUUAGAGCUGAGCGCCAGAUGAGGGGAUUCCGGGAUGCAUUAGGGUAUGGGGAUCUUUUGGAUCUAGGGUUUCAAGGUACGAAAUCCACAUGGUGGAACUCAGAUACUCAAUUGCGCCUGGACAGAGCGGUCUGUACACCAACAUGGUUUGACAUCUAUGGUUAUGCGAAGGUAACUCACCUCCCUCUGAGUGACUCUGACCAUAUACCAAUCUUGUUACACGCUAGCACCAUUCCCGUUGCCAAACGUCCUAAGUACCAUAGGUUCAAGUUUGAAGCCUAUUGGUUACAACAUGCUGAUUGUGAUCCCUUAGUCCAUGAGGUGUGGCAACCUGAUGUAGUUGGUACUCCUAUGUACAAGGUUGUUAAGAAAAUCUCUCUUACAAGAGUUGCCCUAGAUAAAUGGCAGAAACGCACGUUUAGGGUGUGA